AUGUCUGAUAACAUUGACGACGACGAGGCUUUAUUCGACGACAUCUAUGAGGAUGACUCGAAGACUGAUGCUGUGAAGACUGAUGCCAAGCUUGACGAGAAACCUAUUGAAAAGGUGGGCGGAAUAACAGAAGGCGUUCAGAAUGACGUGGCACCACCUCCUCCACCUCCUACAGAGCAACAGCCAGAACAGGAACUACAGAAUCAGCAAGCAAUACCUCCCCCACCUCCUGUUGAAGGUGAUGCUGCCGCCGCCAUGGCUGCGGCCAAUCAGCUGGCCCAGCUUGCUGGUCAAAACCCAGGAUACGGAACACCACAGCAGCAACAGCAGAUGCAGCAGAUGCAACAACAAAUGCAACAACAGAUGCAGCAGAUGCAGCAGCAGUAUCCUCAACAACAACAGCAACAGCAAUCUGGCUCUAUGCAAUAUGAUGCCAGGCAAGGAUUUCACGACAAGGUGAAGGCAGAUAUGGAGGGUAAAGAUGUGGGAAAAUUAUUUAUUGGUGGAUUAACCUGGGAGACCGAUGAAGACUCGCUUGGAAAUUACUUCAAUCAGUAUGGAGAGGUCACCGAGCUGCAUAUCAUGAGGGACACCGCCACGGGACGUUCUAGAGGCUUUGCAUUUUUAACAUUCAAAGACGCCAAGAGUGUUGAUGAGGUGCUAAAAAAGAAGCACAUUUUAGAUGGUAAACUAAUUGACCCAAAGAGGGCAAUUCCAAAGGAAGAGCAGGAGAAGACCGGUAAGAUUUUCGUUGGUGGUGUGGCUCCGGAUGUGUCACAUGAUGAAUUCACCGAGUAUUUCAAGAAAUUCGGUGAUAUUAUCGACUCUCAACUUAUGAUUGACAAGGACACAGGUAAAUCUCGUGGUUACGGCUUUGUCACUUAUGAUUCCGCAGAUGCAGUUGAUAGAGUGACUCGUCAAAAAUAUGUGAUGUUCCACGGCAGACAGAUGGAGAUCAAGAAAGCUGAGCCUAGGAACCAGCAGGCUCCAAGACGGCAGAAUUAUGGGGGCUAUGGAAGUAUGGGAUUUGCACCUCAACAGGGCCAACAGGCGGCCAAUCAGUAUUCGCAAAUGGGAGGCUAUUAUAAUCAAAAUAACAUGGCCCAAUACUGGCAGCAGAUGCAACAGAUGCAACAAUACUGGAUGCAAAUGCAACAGAUGCAGGGUCAACAGGGUGGUGAGAAUGCUGAGCAGGAGGGAGAAAAUGGUGGUGGAAGCAUGAAUGCAUCUUCAUCUGCUAAUGAUAACGGAGGAAGUUCGGCUUCACCUGAACCAAGCUCUAACUUCCAAGGAGCUGCCGCCAUGACAACAGCACAGUCCCAAGAAGCUUCAGGACCAGCAACGGGUGGAGAUAACAAUGAAGAUGAUGAAGUGCCAAAUCCUCAAGAAAGAGCCGCACCAAAAUUACCAUCGGGCCCUAAAAACUUCCACGGAGAGGAAGCACAAGGCCAAGAGGAACCCACAACCACCGUGGUAGUACACGAGGACGAAGAGGUGGCGGGUAUCAUCCUUACAGACGCUAAAGUGGGGGUUUUGAACUAA